ACCUACACUUAGUUACUAACAUACAAACGUUAUCUGCUCCAGUUAAAAUGUACAUUUUCUUACCUGCCUGCAUUUUUUGUGCCUCCUUAGCCACUGGUCUGGCAUUAAUGUGCAGCUACUGUCCAGAUGUUAAUUCUACUUGCUUAUCAAUGAGUUGUACUUCUGAGUAUCCAUCCUGUAUAGCAGCAUCCCUUAGAAUGACCAUCGGUUCCUUAAACCAGGAUGCCCUACUGAAACUUUGUUCUAGGUCAGAUAUAUGCAACAAAGAAGGGACUGCCAACUUUGGUGAUGUUAAACUGUUUGGCAAAACACAAUGCUGUUCGGCAGAUUUAUGCAACAAGGAUAUACAAUUCAGUAUUCCAUCUAUGAGUACCACCCCAAAUGGAAGGUCCUGUAAAACAUGCUAUGCAGGUUCCGCAAGUGACUGUGAGAAGAAUUCUGUCAAUAAGCAAUGCACGGGAAAUCAAGAUUGGUGUCUGACUGCUUCUGGAAAAAUAGGCACAGGUAGUUUUUACAUUAGCGGAUGUUCUUCUCGUGACUUUUGUGAUGCUGCAGUUCAGCAAGCUUUGAGUUACAUCUCAAUAAAUAUAGAAAAUGCACAAUGUUCUGGCGUCAUGGACACCUACAGAAGCAGUAUCACCCACAGCACAAUGAUUCUUCUAGCAAGUGCAACCAUGUUUGCUAUAAAAGUCUUCUUUUAAUAAAUCAUUUCACAUAAUGUACAGUACCUUUGGUAUGUGAUAAAUGUGUACAUUCAAUGUUUCGUUAAUGGGAACCUAUUUUUCAGUACAUCACCGCUCAACAUUAAAAUCAUAUUCACUGACUUAGGAAAGCUGCUCUUUUUCACAUAUCAUUUGUAUUUUUUGAUACAGUUCCUAAUGAGAUACAAAAUACAGGCAAUGAACUCAUAAUCUAAUUAUGCUUGCAGUUAAUCUUUUACAUAUAUAAAUCCUGGAUGCAGAAAAUAAUGCCAUUGAAAUUUUAAUAUGCUGUGCUGUGAUACAAUUGCUUUCUUUCCAGUGUUGGGUAAAAAAUUAUCUAAGCCUUCUUGUUUAUAAUUGAUUUGCAAAGAUAAAUAAGAGAUAAAUAAGGUAGUUGCCACAAAUAGAAGAAAUUAGAUAUUUUGGCUUAUAGAGCAAACAUCUAAUGAUCUCUUAAUAACAGCAUAGAAAGUUUAUAAGACACAUAUCUAUUAAUGUAGUAACAUAACAACUUGUUGCCAGCUUUAAAAGGUUUGCAGCUUAUAAGCUGUCAUGAAACAAACAUGUUCCCUUACAGAGAGCACAGGGGUACCAGAUGGCUGUGUAGUGCAGGCUGCAGAAUUCCUUUGUUAUAGCACUGACAUGAGAAGUGCUUUAACAAUCUGUAGUGACCACACAAAGCUUAUUAUAGCUGUCUGUACCCUCACAGAGAUUUAAUACAUGGUCAGAUGAUACAGUUAAUUAAAAUGUUUGGAUUUGUUCCACUAUGUUGUAAGUGGGAGUUUAACCAUCAGAAAUCUGUCAGAAGAGUCAGGCAGAUGGCUACUAUGUCUGCAAACUUUAUAAAAUAAGCCUGAAUUCCUAAAGUUGCAUCAUUUUUCAGAGCUCUAUUUACCAGAUGUCCUGUUCAACUCAUGACUUUAAUUUAGCAAGGCAUGAAAAAGCAAGGGUGAUUCAUUGGCCUGGAAUAUUUUAAAGCAUUUAUUCUUACUUAAUUAAUUUGUCCCUGUCCAGCUUUACUAUGGAAAGGCUGAUGAGAAAAUCUGCUAUUUUUUUUUAAAUUUUGGUUUCAUGUAUGCUUGGUCUUUUCAGAAUAACCCGAGAGGAUGUUAGCAGUCAAUUGUUAUUAUUUAAAAACUCUAAAGAUUGUUUUAUUAUAUUGAUUUAUGAUUCCAAGUAUUGGAAAUGCAGAUUAUGUUUCAUAUUUUGAGGGCCGGUAGCAUAAUUAUUUUAAAGUAUUUUUUUGUGUUUAAUAUAUAUUAUAUUUGUAUGCAUGUUGCAUUGCAUAGUAAUAGGUUACAUUGUCUUCUUCUAGAGGCAUUAAAGUAGUUAAUCUUCAAAUUAGAAAUUGAAAAUAUCUGGAAGAAAUGAUGGGGAUGGUCUUGGAACAGAAGAAAAUUAUUUUAUGGAGUGUCUGAAAUUAACAUUUAAAUCAGAUGUUUUAUUACUGUUUAUUGGCAUGAAAUAAAUCUGCAUUUAAAAUUCAAUACAAA